AUGGCGCGACCACUCGCCUCCAGUAGCCGCAGCUCGUCGGCUUCCUCGCUAGCUGCAAUCGAGACCCCCGACUUUCUCUCGCGUCACACCUCUCAGAUCUCCUCCUCAGCCACCUCGAUCCUUGAUGAGCCCAUCAGCUACACCGUAGAUCUCGCUCCUAAGCUCUCGUCCGCACUCUCCACCUGUCUUUCGUCCACGCUCGACGAGAUGAUUCGCACAGAAGGCGGUGGAAGCUGGCCACCAAGACCAACCUAUCGCGACUCGUGGCCUCACUGCCUUCACAUCUACGACCGCGUCGCCAGGCAAGCGCCGCCACGCUUCGUCACUCCACAGCUCCGACCCAACUACACAGACUCUGAGCUCCGGCAACGCAUCGACGAGAAUCGACUCUGGCUCGAGCAGUCCUUGUCGUCUGCCGACGUGCAACAAGUCAUGGCCACUCUCCCCGAGCUCGAUGUCAAUGCUCGACUCGGCUUCCUCGCCUGCACAGCAUACCUCAUCCACCUCUAUCGAUGGGGCACACUACCUGUUGUCGCCAUGGCGCAAGAUGAGAAGAGCAUCGCCUUCCCCGACUCGAUCCAGACUCCCUUCCGCUGGCUCAAUGACUUUUACGGCAUCGAGUCGAGCGGCGGCUGUCUCUACUCCAUGACCCUGGUCAACGUCGUUUCUCACGGCGGUGACGACCUCGAACUGGUCUACUCCAACAUGCGCCACAUGCCCUACCCGUCUGUUGUGGAUGCAGAACGAUACAACGCCUUUGUCUUUUAUCAGAUGGAGCGCCUCUCACUCGAUCUGUACCAUUCUAUCGCGCAGUGCCAGACAUUGAUGGCGCAGGGUCAAGAGCAACAAGCCGCCGAUGCGCUCAAGCAGGGUCACGUCGCCCUCCGAGCCGCCUUCCGUCACUUUUUCGACACGCUCAAGGAGGAAAAGAUCCGAAAGAGCGUCUGGAUGUCGCACGCCCAAGGUUUCCACGGUUGGGGCGUCGACGACUUUGACGGUGUUUCCGGCGAUCACUCGCUGCUCAUCAGGACGUUGGACGCCUUCCUCGACAUUCCUCUGCGCACAGAGCCUGGCUGCCCCUUUGCUACAGCUCAGGUGCCUGUCAAGUCGUGGGAUGCGCUUUGCCCUGUAAGCGGCGCGAGUGCUUCUACCCUUGCCGCUCCCGUCCUAGUCCCGACCGCGGCCCCUGGUCUUGUUGGUCGAUUCUACAACUGGAUGUGGCCAACCUCUCCAAAAGCAGAGACCAAGCUGGCCACCGUGCCCUGCGUUGGAAAGAAGCAGAUGAAGGAGAUCCGAUUCAGCGAAGUGCCCUACUCGAACGAAUAUCUCCCUCGUGGUCAGGUCAAGUGGAUCCGAGCCGUACGCGAGGCUCGCUUGCGCACACUAGCAUCUACUACACCGAACUCGCCCGUGGCGCUCGAGAUGAACGAGAUGCUCAAGACGUUCAAGCUCUGGAGGAUGGGCCACACGCGCAAGGCGGUCUACUACGAAGACCUCGAGCUUCCCGAGAGGAAACCCAUGACGGCGUCGGGUGGUGUGGGGGGUGGUGUGGCUCAGGAGGACGAAGGGCUGGCGCAGAUGAUGGAGAAGCUCGAGGCGAGGUUGAGGGCGCGCAUCGCCGCCACCAAGUGA